AUGAUAUUACAAACAAUAUUUUUUAAAAUUAUAUUAUUUUUAAAAAAGAUAAUUUUAAAAUUUAUUUUAAAAGUUUUAUUUUUUAAAAUUAUAUUAUUUUUAAUUAGUAAAGUUUUUUAUCCAAUUUUUUCAAGUAAUUUAAAGAUUGAAACAUUAGAAUUAAAUAUAGAUAGAGUAGAAGGUAAAACAAAUAAAAAAAGUUUCAAAAUAGUUCAAUUAUCAGAUAUACACUAUGACAAAUUACCUUUAAGAAUAUCUGAUUCUUUUCUUCAAAAAGUUAUAAAUUCAACAAAUGCUUUAAAUCCUGAUUUAAUCUUAAUAACAGGUGAUUUAGUUGAAAGGGAUCCAGAACCAAUAACUCAAUUAUAUAAAAAACAUUUAUCACAAUUAAAGUCAAAAUAUGGUAUUUAUGCUAUACUUGGUAAUCAUGAUUAUAAAACAACAUUGGGACCAGAAAUUAUUAAAAAUGCAUUAAAGAAUACAAAUAUAACAUUAUUGGAAAAUGAUAUUGUUUAUCCAAUGGGUAAAGAUAAAGUUGGUGGUGGUGGUGGUGCCAUUCAAUUAAUUGGUAUUGAUAGUUAUGCAAAUACGGAUCAGAAUAAAAUGGAUAGAUUAUAUAGAGAAAUAAAUUCAACAACAUCAAAUGAUUUAAUUAAAUUCCUUUUAAUACAUAAUCCUGAUCAUGUAUCAUUAUUAAAAGAGAAUAAUGUAAAUGUUGAUGUGGUUAUUGCUGGUCAUUCACAUGGUAGUCAAAUUUGUUUUCCAAAAUUUAAUGGAAUUUUUAAAACUAGAUUUACAAAUGGUGAUCCACUUUUACCAUACUUUGAAAGUUUUAUUCAAAAGAUUCCAAUUAAAUUCAUUAGAAAUAUUAAAUAUCCUGGUAAAAGAACUUUAAAAAAUUGGAAAUUUGGUAAAGGUUAUUUUCAAAUCUUACAAAAUUCUCAUAAAUUAAACUUUUAUGUAAAUCGUGGACUUGGUACUCAUCCACCUUUUCGUAUAUUUUGUGAUCCUGAAAUUACUCUUAUAAAUUUAAAUUCAAAUAAUACAACAAAUAAUAAUAAUAAUAAUAAUAAUACAACUUCGUCAAUUAAAAUAAAAUAA